AUGAAGUCCGUGGCGAUUCCAGAUGAUGUUAUGCAGGCGACCGAGGGCUUGGCUAACUUUGGAGAUCUGGAAGUCCACUUCGUCGUCGAUUUUGGUGUUGCGAGAGAGAGAGUGCUGCUCAGGUAGGUUAAGGUACCCACGACUAGCAUCUGGGCGCUGUUGAAAUUGAUGUGAGGUACACUGUAGGCAGCGUUGGGUGACGGCCGGUAUAUGAGUACCGUUUUCUCCGUGUUGUUGAUCAGGUCAGAGUUGUCGCAGGCGACAACGAAGAUGACCACGCCUCAUCGAAUGUCCCCUCCUGUAGGUGCGCUGAGAGCCCAAUCGUCGGCGAAGAGAAGUUCGUGGACAGUACAUGUGGCUGUAUGCGACUGGAAAUGCAUUCGCCGAAGACUAAAGAUCUGGCCGUCCGUCCUGUAGGUGACACGGACCCCGGAACAUUCAUCACAGAGGACGUCCAUUAAAAUGGGAGGUACCAUGUGACUUAAGAGGGUAGAUGCGAAGAAGCAGCCUUGCGUCACUCCGUUGGUCACUGCGAACGUCUCUGGGAGUUGCGAAGAUUGUAUGGGCGACUAUUAGGGGUGAGUGCUGAAAUCCGAGGAAAAUUUGAACUAUGAUUAAUGCGAAAGAGGAGACAGAAGCCCGCCUCCCUGACAAUGCUUAUAAACUGGCAUUAAAUAAAAUUAUUAUUAUUAUUAUUAUUAUUAUUAUUAAGUAGGGCCUAGCUUUGUGAAAUCACACGUGAGAGUUGGGUGCGAGUUAAUGGACGCUAGACGUAGUCAACGUUUGCAAGCAAGUGUGCUGCCUGCUAUGACCACCACGUAAACUUAAAAUUGGGCACCCUUACACCCUUACGUCCUUACACCCCUACCAUUCUAUACUCCAGUUACAAUCACACGGAUGACGCCCGACGUGCCGCACGGAGAGUCCAAAUCAUCCGUUGGUACCGGUUGAUGAAUCACCACACAUUAGAUUGCAUUUCUGUAUGAUUUGUCGCAGGGUGAGAGGAGGGGCUUUGAGUCACGUUAGCGCCUAUAAACAGGCUUUAUGCACUAGUCACUAAUCAAAAAUGAUGUACGAUAGCCGUCAUGAUUUUGUGGUUGAACUCCGGGCGAAUGUGUUUGGACCCCAGUACCCAUUACUUUGGGACACCCAAUUUAUCUGAAGCUUCCGGUAACAACACACCAAAAACACUUACUUAGACAUUCUAAAAUGCCCCAGUGCCAAUGCAUUGUUCCUAUUGUCAAGUUUUCACGCAUUACUGGGGACCGUGCGGCCGCAAAUCAGUCUUUCGCGUACAUAAAUCAGCAGGUGACACACCACCAGGCCAUACGUGGUGUUUCGGUACCGGAACCUCACAAGAAGCCUGUGUACACUGGCGCCAGAGGUCAAGCAGUGGAACAUGACAACCAAAUAAUUUCGAGACCUUAAAUGUGAGACCUUGGACAGUAAAAGUGAGGAACUGGUGUAUGUACGGUGAUUGUCCUAAUAAAUUUUCCAGCCGUCAAUGUCUGCUUAUGUUCACUGUAAAAAUUCGCGACACAUUACUACAGGACAUAAAAGAGCAUUUCGUCUUUUGACUCGUUCCAUUAAAUAGACACAUCAAACCUUUCAAAUUCUCUAGACGUCAUUUUCGGACAUUGAAAAUCACGAAACAGUGUUUGUCAGAGCACAAGAGGACGUGGAAUAAUUACACAGAACUCGGUUGCCAUCAUAAAAACCCAAACAUCCAUUCGUUUAAAUGUCGAGAAAUGACAAUUUUCCAUUGGUGUAAUUUACCCAUCCAAACUUCCUUAAACAGUACUAGUACGUAGCUGACUGAUAUGAAUGACUGCGUUGACGAAGCGCAGUCCAUACAGUUACCCGACAUUCUCGGGAUGCGUGCGUCUAGGUCUAGGACAGGCAUGGCUCUGUUAACCAUUACAAGCCCACACAAACAAGGAAAACCACUGGUUUUCAUACACAUUUUGUACUUCAUACAAGAGAUAGCAUUUUCUCCAAGUGGGCUGUUUGUUAUCGUUGGGGUAUUGGAUAAUAUAGCAGGUCAUUCCAUGUUCAUUCAAUAGAAAUUCGCGCAUACGUUGUUACUGUUCCUAUCAGUGGUACUAUUAUUGUCUCCCACUACUACUACUACUACUACUACUACUACUACUACUACUACUACUACUACUACUACUACUACUACUACUACUACUACUACUACUACUACUACUACUACUACUACUACUACUACUGA